CUGAAUACAGAAAUCUGUGCCCUCACGAGGGUUCAACCUGGCGCAUGGCUCUUAUCAGAACCUCUAUUAUCGUAUCUGAAUCCUAGGUUCUUUUCCUGAUGACAAGCACAUCCCACAAUUUUCCGCCGAUCACGAAUCACCAAUGGCAACUUGUGCUUCAUCCCCAUUUGAUCACGCCAAAGCCGACGUUAUCUUACGAUCAGCUGAUGGCGUCGAGUUUCGGGUCUUCAUGCUCUUCCUCUCCCUCGCCUCUCCAUUCUUCGAGACAUUGUUCGGUCUCCCUCAGGCACCUGAUGGGGCCGCCGAUCAAGAGAUGAAGGAUGGCUUAGCAGUCAUUGCUGUGUCUGAGGACAGCAAAACGCUAGAUUCAUUUCUCAGGUUUUGCUAUCCAUCAACGCUGGCAGAGGAUCCUUCCCUCGACAAUUUGACGGAUGUCCUCUCUGUGCUUGCAGUUGCGAGGAAGUAUUCACUUGACCUGAUCGAGAGAAAAGUGUGUCAGGCCCUGGCGAAUCCCAAGGUUCUCGGGACAGAGCCCUUUCGCUGCUUCGCAAUAGCCAGGAACGCACGGCUCAAACAUGAAACCAUCACCGCUGCUAGACAAACCUUACGGCAACCCUUAAUCCCCGCGUGGUUUGUGGAGAUCGACCUUAUCACUGCAUCCGACCUUCUUGCGCUGCUCACAUACCACAAAAAUUGCGGUAUCGCCGUACAAGCCUUGAUGAAGGACUUGAAAUGGAUUACAGAUCAUUAUGGCACUCAGAAUAGCUGCAAUUGGCUAUUUGGUGCGACAUAUAACCGUUACGGCUCCCGCGAGAACUGUGGCUGCGGAUUGGGUACGGACACAAGAUUUUCGCUCUGGAGCAGCGCUCCAGUUGUAUGGUGGGCAAUCUAUAUGCAGGAGGUAUUCGAGUUAUUGGUGGAUCAACCGUCCAGCGACACUGUGAGGACAGCAGCGGACAAGACAAUCGAAAAUGUCAGAAGUAGAGCCUGUGCCACUUGUUCUGGCCAGGUGAAGGCAAACAUGGCGGAGUUUAGCGACUUGCUUGGCCUGAAAGUCGAAGAAGCUGUCGCUCCGGUACGUGCCUUGCUAUAUCACGGACUAAUUCUGAUAAUUCUCAAUAGAUUGAGCUGAAGAUGGACUUUUGACUAUUUUGACCAUC